AUGUUCAAACAAACCCUCCUCAUUGCUGUCAUUGUCAUUUCACUUCUUUACACAACAUUCGUCUCUGCUGAUUGGGGAAAAUGUCAAAAAGUUUCAACCAUGCAAGAAUUCAAUUUAGCUAAAUACAUGGGACUUUGGUAUGAAAUUGCUCGUUUUGAUAAUAUCAUGGAACGUGGUGGUGUCUGUAUUCAAGCAAACUAUACCAUUAAUCCAAAGGAACCUUCACAAGUAUUAGUUUCCAAUUCUGAAAUAUAUGAUGGAAAUUUGACAACUGUUACUGGUGUUGGAUAUUGUCCAGAUGAUAAAGAACCAGCAAAAUUACUUGUUUCAGUUGGUGGAAACCCAUUCUAUGCUCCAUAUUGGGUUAUUGACACAGAUUACAAUAAUUAUGCAAUGGUUUUCAGUUGUUUCAGUGUUUUGGGUGUUUAUCAUUAUGAAAUUUCAUGGAUUUUGGGAAGACAACGUCAAUUACCACAACAAACUUUGAGUAAUAUUAUGGUUGCUUUUAGGAAACAAGGAAUUGAUAGUUCAAGAUUUAUUUUGACUAAACAAGUUGGUUGUAAAUAA